AUGGUCUACCAAGCUUCUAGAAUCGCUUACAAAUCUGCCCCAGGCGCUCUCCACGUCUUGAAGGCUUACACUCCAAACCUCAUCUUCUUUGGUGCCGCUGCUGGUGGUCUUGUCUUCACCCUUACUGAACGUGUCCCAUUGUUCAGAAACACCUUCCUCAAGAAAAUUCCAGUCGUUGGUGACCACUGGGAUGUCAAGAUCGACCCACAAGACACUUACUACUAA